AUGUCUUCCGAUAACAAGGGCCGUAUCCCCACGCCUUACUCGGACGUGGAUCCUCAAGAUCAUCAGUACCAGAGUCAUGUGAAGAAACUUCGCCUUGUUGAUAGUGCUCGUAUCGGUCUCACUGGACUGGCCCUCCUCUGCGGCCUGACUAUCCUCGGAACUGCCGCCGAUACCCUGGCUGUAUAUAAUGCAACACACCUCUCGAGCGAUUACCACUUACCGCUAUGGCCUGACCAAUUCGAUCUCCGGCCUACGGUGGCUCUUGUCGUUGGCAGCACUAUCGUGGCCAUUUCCAAUAUCAUAUCUUUAUUAUGUAGCAAAGUCAGGGUGCUUCGCAACCAGACCACGGUUCACACGUCUCUUACUUUUGCUGCGCCCUUUGUUGGUUUUACGGCUGUUAUGAUCAGCAUGAUUUUCUUCUACGCUGUCAAUACAUCAGCCACAAAUGAUACGCUACAGAGCUGGAGCUGUCAGUGGGGAUUUGCGAGCAUGGGCGCGAAGCCGCACUUUGGCACUCUAUGCAACGAAAGCCGGGUAGCCCUGUACCUGUCCGUUAUAUUAAUUCCUGUCGAGUUGAUCGUCUUUACCGUUGCUGGCUAUCAGUCGAUCUUGGAGAGGAAGGCAAUCGGUUUCAUCCCGUCUCACAAGACUGGCAGUCCUGUACCAUCAGCGUGA